UCUAUUCUCUAGUGCUACUGUUGUUCGUAUGGAUCACAUCUUGCAUCUCUAGUUGUUGUGGGGAUCCCUGGCCGAACUAACACUCUCAUCAGCUGGGAAGAUGUCGGAAGUACAAGGCAGCGUGUUCUUUUCGCGGUUCUGCAACAAGAUUUUAGCCUGAAGUGCUGAAUUUCGAGUUGUUGUAGAGUUCGCUUGCAACGCGAGCUCUAUUUGAGACUUUAUUGAUGUGGUAGAGAUGGUUGAGUGUUUUUUAUUUUUGUUCUUAUGAAUUAUGAAAUACUAAUGAUUUGAGACUUUCAUUCUGAAUUCAUCUAGAGAGAGCUGGGCCUAGACUUUGGAUAUCGAAUUAAGAUCAGAUAUGGGGACAGGAACUCGUUCGAUGCGGAGAGAACAUAGGGUUUUUGCGCUCUUCCUUCUAGUUGUUUUUUGUAAUGUCUUGAGGUCGGACGCCGGAUCAAGUUCUCGAGAUCUCCUCGCAGAGAGCUUCAUCCCUCAAACAAAAAAUGUCCAGCAAAAGCGAAGUGGCCAGGCAUAUGCAACUCUUUUGUACGGUGAUGAAUUUCUUCUCGGGGUGAGGGUUUUAGGGAAGUCCAUACGGAAUACGGGAGUUGCAAAGGACAUGGUGGCGCUUGUUUCUGAUGGUGUCUCAGAAACUGGGAUUCGACUUUUGAAAGCAGAUGGAUGGAUUGUCCAGCGUAUUAAGCUACUUGCUAACCCUAAUUCUAAGCGUCCCACCCGGUUCUGGGGUGUUUACACGAAGCUUAAGAUUUUCAACAUGACCGAAUACAGCAAGGUUGUGUAUCUAGAUGCUGAUACCAUCGUCACUCGUAGCAUCGAGGAUCUUUUCGAAUGCCAGGGCUUCUGUGCAAACUUGAAGCACUCUGAGCGUUUAAAUUCGGGCGUGAUGGUGGUGGAGCCUUCAAGUAGUCUCUUUGAAGACAUGAUAUCAAAGGUGCAGACGACGUACUCCUACACGGGCGGGGAUCAAGGAUUUCUAAAUUCGUAUUAUGUAGGCUUUGCUGAUGCCGAACUUUUCAAUCCACAAUUGCCACCGGAAAUUCGGAAAGCUCGUCCAAAGAAAAUGGAGCGGCUUACCACACUCUACAAUGCCGAUGUUGGCCUGUUUGCAUUGGCGAACAAGUGGAUGGUUGAUGCUAGUGAGCUCCGCGUGAUACAUUACACACUCGGACCAUUGAAGCCUUGGGAUUGGUAUGCAGAAUGGCUUCUGGAGCCUGUGAAGAUGUGGCAAGACAUCAGGAUUACAUUGGAGGAGGUUUUACCUGGAACAGGACAAGGCCGUGAUCCACACAUUAGUCUGAUUACAUGGACUCUUUUCCUGGUUCCUUUAAUAGUUCUAUGCUACAUCAAGAGGACAUUGCUCCUUCAAAUUCAGAAAGAUCUAUUCGCCCUUGUGUGCAGUGGAUCCGUGUUUUGCACUUAUGCUAAUCAGUUGUGGUAUAAGUACAAGCCAGGAGUCACUUUGCCCACCUACUUCACCUCGGGAGCCGCCGUCUCCAAUGGUUGCAAGCAUCAGGGCUGUCCCAAAGGUGCUAGCGGCGACGCGGGAUUGUCCUGUCGCGUACCCAAGCAUUUAGGGAUGAUGGCGAUUGUUGCGUGUUUCUUUGCAUUGUUCGCAUCUCUCGGAUUGGCUGCUUUCCUUGUUCCUCGGCAAGUUAUGCCAUGGACCGGAUUACUUCUGACAUACGAGUGGACAUUCUUCACAUUCCUCUUGCUGUUCGGAAAGUUUCUUGACUACAUCUAUUCUUUGGGAAGAAACACUGCCAUAAAGUCGUUGAGUAUUGCUGAAGAGAUCAGCUUUUACAGCGCAGAAAAACUGCAUUCAAAGAACUCCACCUAUUGGGACGCCGAAACGAGCACAUACGGUAUUGUCGCUGCACUAACUGCUCUUCUAAUCCCAACUCUACCUUGGAUUUUUGGCACCACAGCCAUUUUUGCUCGCGCUGGUCUGAUGGUGUCAGGCGGUUUUGUCCUUGCCGUGGUGGGGACCUACUCCGCCGAGCAGCUUGCCGUUCACUGGUUCUUGAGGGGGCACGAUGAUUGUAGUCACAUGGAAAGAUCGUCUUGACAUCUUUCCUAUGUUCAGUGGUCUGAAUGAUACAUAAUGCACAAUCUUUCGCUUGCUGGCAGACUUGUUCCAUAGUUCAGACAUAGGUUAGACAAAUGUUUUGGCAUUAGCUGGCCUGGACAGAAUAGAUGAAGUAGCAAACUUAUAUAUAUCCCUUGCAUACUUUUCAAUCUAGUGUUGUACAUAACUUGUUGAUUGUACUUUCGAGGUUGUGCUUCUGUCUAAACACUGUCAUGUUUCUAAUGUUAGAAAGUAUCAGUUCCUUUUGAAAUCUCUGGAAUUCAACUCAAUGCAAACUGGUGUCUGGGAAGGUAGCAGCCUUGCAUUGGUUGUGAAGUGUAGAAUUGGAUGUCCUGAUCUUGUCCUUAGAUUUAUGAUGUCCUUUUCAGACUAUUGAUUAUGCUAACCCCUAAAAUUUCAAGUAGCCUUUUGUGUGGUUUUUUGGAAUUGUUUUCCUUGAAGUUGUAACAAAUAGGGAAAAUUAAUUAGAGAUCUUAUUGUAUAUUGUAGGAGUAUCUCUUA